AUGAUUACCCUAGUGUUUGUUUUGGGGGGUCUCCUCGCAACGACAGAGGGCUGUGGAGCUGGCAAGAAGAUGUUACGGUCGGGAGGAUUGACGGCAUAUGAGAAGCAGACUAUUGUUGACGCACAUAACCGUCUUCGACAACAAGUGGCUCUAGGACAAAUUUCAAGUCAACCUCCAGCUGCAAAUAUGAUGGAAAUGGUAUGGGACGAUGAACUAGCAGCGACCGCCCAGCGUUGGGCUGACCAAUGUACACCUGCACACGAUCGUGCGGCCCAACGCGAGGUUGGCCGUUUCCCUGUGGGACAAAACUUGGCAGCUACGUGGACUACUCGCCCACCAUCUGAACAAUCGGACUCCGAACCAGACUUCAUGAAACAGAUUAACGCCUGGUUCGAUGAAGUUCAUAUCUUCGGAUUUAAACCAAUCAAUGGUGGACAUGGAACAGGACACUAUUCACAGUUGGUAUGGGGUGAAACAUCCCACGUUGGUUGCGGUUACACAUUCUACUACGACCCCUCCCGAGGUUACACCAAGCUGUACGUUUGCAAUUAUGGCCCUGGUGGAAACGUCAUCGGAUCAAAUCCUUAUGAAAAGGGUCGUCCUUCUUGCAGCGCUUACGGCCUUGCUGACUCCAGGAAAUACUCUGGUCUUUGUUCCACUAGUUACACCGCAACAUCAAGUUAUCAAACAGUGGACAACCUUAACACCAACGGUUUUAUUUCGAAUGUCAUUCCUGACAGCACCGUGGAAGCACCCGGCUACAACUUCCAAUUCUAUAAGCAAUUCAACAAUCAGUACCAAUAUCAGUAUCAACAACCACAGACCUUCUACCACGCAGAAACCUCGACCUUCAGACCUCUAAUCAGUAUAUUCAAAACGGCUUCGAAUUUGUUCGCAAAACCGAAAUCUUCAGGUUUCAGAAUCGGAACCGUUUAUGUAUAAGUAAAAUCAAACUAAAAAUUUAAGCGUGAAAUUUUAUAGCAGUAUUUUAUCACUAAUUUGACAGAGUGACUUGACUGACAUUCGAGUCUGUUUUACGCAGAAAUCGGAACAUAGAAUUUAUUCCUUGGUUUUACAAGGAGCGUAAGGACACCAAACAGAGUAUGUGAACUUUGGAGUAUAGUUUGAAGGUCUGAUAGUUUUUCCAUAAAACUUAUGCUGUCGUGAUUGACCUUCUUGUAUUAAACUUAGCGUGACGUAUGUUAUUAUUUAGAUAAUUUAUAUUUAACAAUAAAGAUUUCCAUAUUUA